AGACCAAAGUUUUGAAAUAACAUAUAAAAAACCAGCAAGCGAUAGGCUGGACAUAAAUUUCUUGGAUAGACAUGUAAUGAAACAAUGCGAAGGAUCCUUACAUUAUAUAGUUGAUAUUAAAAGCAAGAGUCGGCCUAGUGUCGCUAAAAAGUAG